GGCUCGGCGGCCGGAGAGGCAGGCUGUUCCCCGCAUCUCCAGGCGCUUCCAGGCAGCCCUCUGAGCCGAACCAGAGACCCGGCCCGCCAUUCCCAGCCCCGAGCCAUGAUGAAGACCUUGUCCAGCGGGAACUGCACGUUCAGCGUGCCCGCCAAGAACUCGUACCGCAUGGUGGUGCUGGGCGCCUCGCGGGUGGGCAAGAGCUCCAUCGUCUCCCGCUUCCUCAACGGGCGCUUCGAGGACCAGUACACACCCACCAUCGAGGACUUCCAUCGCAAGGUCUACAACAUCCGAGGGGACAUGUACCAGCUGGACAUCCUGGACACGUCCGGCAACCACCCCUUCCCCGCCAUGCGCCGGCUCUCCAUCCUCACAGGGGACGUCUUCAUCCUGGUGUUCAGCCUGGACAGCAGGGAGUCCUUCGACGAGGUCAAGCGUCUCCAGAAGCAGAUCCUGGAGGUCAAGUCCUGCCUGAAGAACAAGACCAAGGAGGCGGCGGACCUGCCCAUGGUCAUCUGCGGCAACAAGAACGACCACGGCGAGCUCUGCCGCCAGGUGCCCGCCACCGAGGCCGAGCUGCUGGUGUCGGGCGACGAGAACUGCGCCUACUUCGAGGUGUCGGCCAAGAAGAACACCAACGUGGACGAGAUGUUCUACGUGCUCUUCAGCAUGGCCAAGCUGCCCCACGAGAUGAGCCCUGCCCUGCACCGGAAGAUCUCCGUGCAGUACGGCGACAGCUUCCACCCCAGGCCCUUCUGCAUGCGCCGCGUCAAGGAGACGGAUGCCUACGGCAUGGUCUCGCCCUUCGCCCGCCGCCCCAGCGUCAACAGUGACCUCAAGUACAUCAAGGCCAAGGUCCUUCGGGAGGGCCAGGCCCGAGAGCGGGACAAAUGCUCCAUCCAGUGAGCCGGAGGGACGCUGGGGUGGGCUUGGGCAGUGCCUUACGGGAGGUGGCCCCACAUGCCCGCACCCCCCAUGAGACCCCAACGGCCGUCGUAUUGGAAGACCUUUGGCGCCAGACUGG